AUGGACGCGACUGAUCCCCAGUCCAACUUCUUCGCGCCCGAACUUUUCCAUAACCAAGAUGAUGCGCCGCUCACGGAAGAUCCACUCCUUCAUGUGUCGCAAGACUUGGGAAUGACUAUUGAUGAAGAGGCGGCUAUGUACCACAAUGAGCUGAUGAAUGGCACUGGCGUCUUGGACAACGAACAUCAUGUAAAGCAAGAGGAGUUCGAGAGCGCAUACCCUCCUCUGGAUGUACCAAUGCCCGUUGUCGCCGGCGACACAUCGUUUGAAGAUGUCUCAACACAUGACGGUCCUCACGUUGAUAGAUCCUCCACACGCGACUCUACACGCGGGUCUCCCGAGUCUACAAGACAACGUCCCAAAGGCUCUGGCCGAUCUCGAAAGCCCGAUCCUGAUGGCGCCCCGAAGUCAAGCGUACAUUCGUCCAAGAACGAAGGACAGCAUACUGAUCGCAGAUUCCUGUGUUAUCUUUGCAACAAACUAUUCACUCGGCGCCGUUCUGUGCGAGAUCACAUCUCAAAAAUCCACAAUACGAAGACCUGGGAGCCAUUGCGCAGUCUCGAAGUCAUUGUUGAUCCUGUCACCGGCGAGCCCGUCGAGCCUUUGGAAGACAUUCUCGCCAGAGGUCCACCUCCUCCACCGCCUAAAAUGACCAAGGCUGAGAAAGCUCAAAAGGCGGCUAAGCGUGAACAAGACGACGAGGCUACGGCAAGAGACCAAGAAGAGGAACACCAUGGUCAGGACCACCAUGAUGAGGAACCAAACCACGAGACUCCCCAAGUUGCCGCGCCAAUUCCCGAAGAGCCGGCUCCUGCGCCUGCGACCCAGAGUCUCAAGAGAGAGUCAUCCAUGACAGGUUCGAGAGCGUCUUCAACCGAGCCAUUUGCCACUCCUCUACCAGUUGCAGGCAGAAAGCGACCGGCACCUGAGGAUUCUGGCGGAUCGAGUUCGGCAGCGGCUAGGAAGAAGGGCACUGCAAAGGUCAAAAGCUCAACGGUGCCUCAUAAGAGAUCCAAGCUCGGCGAAAGUGAACAGAGCGCCUCGGCAGGAAGCCGUUCACUCUAUCGUUCCCCAAGCGCCACCCCAGCCUUGCCGACGCACGUAAAGCCCAUCCCAUCGAAACUCAAGAAUCAGACCUCUGCCGCGAGCGUCAAGUCGCCUACGCCGGCGUCUUCGCGUGCAGGAUCCCUCGAAGCCGAGACCGCAUCCAGUUCCGUCGCCGACACCCCGACCAGCUCCAACGACGAUGGAGAAGUGUUUUGCAUCUGUAGAAAAGGUGACAAUCACACCUGGAUGAUCGCAUGUGACGGUGGCUGCGACGAAUGGUUUCACGGCAACUGCGUCAACAUCCGAGAACGAGACGGCGAGCUCAUUGACAAGUACAUCUGUCCGACAUGUACCAAGCCAGGUUUGCAAACCACAUGGAAGCGCAUGUGCAGACGGAAGGACUGUCGAAAGCCAGCCAGAGUGACACGUGAUCCACCCAGCAAAUACUGCUCGGACGAAUGUGGACGCAUGUUCUUCGUGGAGUUGGUCCAGCGAGGAGAUCCUCGAGCGCAGGCGUCCAAGUGCGGACAGUACAUUGUCGAGCCGGAAAAGAAGAAGAAACUCCGCAAGAAGACCGAGAAGAAGUUGACGUCUCUGGAAAAGGAAAAGCCCAACAACAAGCCACUGAAGUCGAUUUCGGACCUUGUGAAUGGCGACCAGAUGAGCACCGACAGUCGCCUUGCAACACCUGCAUACAGCGAGAAUGACGAGACCGAAUACGAGACAGACAGCAGUCUCGACGACGAGAGCCUGCCCAAUCGCGGCGGCGCACUGCGUGCCGGCGAAGUCAAGGCUCUGCUCGAGCAGUGCAAGAGUGUCGAAGAAUGGAGAGCAUUGGGAAGAAGACCCAACACACCACCUCGUGAGACGGAGGGAGAGACAACAACCUCGGAUUCGAAGCCGGCAAUACAGCCACCACCACCGCCAUCGCCUCCACCAUUGGAGCUGGAUGACCUGGAAGCAGCCAAACUAGCGAGCAUCGAGGAGGAGAAACGCAAACUUCAAGAACGGAACACUAUGCUAUCUGCGCGCGAGACUCUUCUUGGACUCGUCAAGGCAAGAUCCGCCACAAUCACAGAGGAGGUCCGCAAGGCCAAUCCCAAGAUGAAGGAUGUCUGCGGCUUCGAUCCCCGAAUGGCAUGGACAGACGAGGAGUUUCGAGUGUGGUACACACAGCAAGGCGGCAAGGAGAUUCUUGACGCUGGCCCAGCUGCCGCGCGCAUCGGUCCUCCGCCGGACACUACCAAUGAUGACGAAAAUGAUGCCACUGCUCGUCCGAACGGUGUUGUUGUCAACGGAGCAGCAGCUGAUGACAACCCAGACAAAAAGAAUGAUGGCAACGACGAGACUUCAGAGGCAGACGCCAUGCCACGGAAGGGAGGCGUAUGUAUCAAAAACCGCUGCUCCCGACACCGCAACUGGGCGAAAGGUCAACUUGCCGAAUUGAGGUUCGAGCAGGAUCUCGUUCGGAGAGCCCUUGCGAAAUGUGAAGCACAGGAGAAUCGUAUCAAGGAGAGAGCUAUGGUCAGAGGAUGGGAAAUGAGAGGCCAGACUCAAGCUCGAGCUCAAGUUGAGGCUGGUUCUGCGUGA